GGUAAAGAUGAGACUGAUGUCAACAAAUUAAUGGAUACAAUAAAAGCUGAAAAAGAAGGAGAAACGGUUGGUGUUGCUGAUAUUAGAAGUGUACUGAACUUAAGAUAUCUACCUAGAGGAAGCAUGGAUAUAUCAAAUAUUUCUGUUGAUGAUAUUCGAGAAUUCUACCAAAAGAAAUUGACUGAUAGUGUGGGAGCCAUUGAAGGAGAGGAUAUUGAUGUUCAUAAACUGGAGUCUGUUUUGCAAACUAUGGAUGUAAAACUUUCCGAAAAUCAAAUGAGUGACCUAAUGAAAAACCUCCUGGUUGAUGAUAAUGGAAAGACUUCAUUCAGUAGUUUGUUGGAUUAUGUCACAGCAGUUGUAGCAAAAGAUUUAGGUAUUGAAGACAGGAAGAAAGUUCCAGAAGAUGUGAAGUCAGAACACAGGGAUAAAGUUAAACGAGAGAGCAUGAGAAGUCAACAAGCUGAUGAAUGGACUCCUGCUUCCAAAAAAUUGGAUAGUCUUUUACAAAGCAUGGGAAUCAACCUUGCAGAAGAGGAAAUUAAUGAACUGCUACAAAAUCUGCCAGCUGAAGGUGGAAAAGUUAAGCUUGAUAAUGUGGACACUGUCCUGGAAAACCUGGGAGUGAAGCUCACACCAAAGGAGCAAGAAAGAUUAAUGAAGAAACUGCCAUCUAGGGUCAAGAGUUCUGAUGGAAAAAUUCCACUCAAUCAACUGGUAGAUGCAAUAACAAAAGUUACAGGAGAAGAAGUUAAUGUCAAAGACAUAAAAAGUACUCUGGAAAAAAUGGGAAUAGAGCUCACAGAUGAAGAAUGCUCCCAAGUAGAGAGCAUGCUUCCAAUUAAUGCAAAUGGCAUGGUGUACCAGAAUAGAUUGCUGGAGGGUGUGUUAUCCUCUAAAAGUGGGAUUGUGAAUGUUGCUAGCAUUGACACGAUUUUACCACACAUGGACAUGGAACUCACAGAAAUGGAGAAAGAAGAUUUGGUAGAGAAACUGCCUGUUGAUGGUAAUAAGAAGGUUGAAUUGAAAAAUUUACUAAAUGCAUUGAAAACUUAUACUGGAAAAAAGAUUGAUGUCAAUGAUCUACUACAAGUUAUGAGAGACAUGGGGAUUGAACUCAACAAGAGAGAAGAGGAGACACUACUUCAUGCCCUCCCCGUGGAUGAUGCUGGAAUGGUGUUUCAGAACAGACUGUUGGAAGAAGUGAAGUCUAGGAAAGGAGGAAUGGUUAAAGUCAAUAACCUGGACACUGUUCUGGGAAGUCUGGGCAUUAAACUCACAGAUAAAGAACAUGAAAGCCUGACAGAAAAUCUACCACUUACUGCUGAUGGAAAGAUUCAUCUUGAAAAAGUGCUAGACACAGUAGAAUCUAUUACAGGAGGAGACAUUGAUGUCUGUGAUGUGGCAAAUGUUCUGAAGAAAAUGGGAAUAACUCUCACAGACAACGAACACAGAGACCUGCUGGAGCAGCUCCCCAUCAGUGCUGAUGAAAAAGUCCACAAGAACAGAAUGAUGGAUGGUUUGAAGUCUCUUAGUCAUGGGACUGUUGAUGUCAAUAAAAUCGACACAAUUUUGAAAAAUAUGGGGUGGAAGCUAACAAAUGAUGAAAUUAAGGAUCUGAAGAAAAAUGUGCCUGCCGAUGUACAUGGAAAAGUUUCAAUGAAAAACUUGUUGAAGGGGUUAGACGCAUUUACAGGACCAAAGUUGGACAUGAGAUUUCUUCCUGCUAUGAUAAACAAAAUGGGCCUUGAGCUGACAGAUAAAGAACGGAUGAAGCUGAUGAAUGAGCUGCCUGUUGACGACUCUGGGAAGAUCUAUAAAAACAGAUUGUUGAAUGAGGUAAAGUCUUUCGAAGGAGGAAAGGUUAAAACAAAUAAAAUAAACACUCUUCUGGAAACCAUGGGAAUAAAACUCGAAGAAAAGGAGCUGGAUCAAUUAAAAGAAAACCUACCAGAUAACGGUGAUGGGAAGAUUAAUUUCCAAGACUUGAUGAAUGAAGUAAAAGCUCUCAUAGGAAAUGAAGAAAAUAUCAAAGAUGUGAAGAAUAUUCUUGAAGACAUGGGAGUAGAGCUCACACAGCAGGAAUAUGCAGACCUGUUGAAAAAUCUCCCUGUUGACGUUGAUGGAAAUUCCUACCAUAACAGAUUAAUGGACACUCUGAAAUCUCUUAAAAGAGGGAAGGCUGAUGUCAACAAACUGGACACAGUGGUGAAAAACAUGGGGAGGAAAGUUUCAGGAACAGAAUUUGAGGAUAUGACCAAGAGCUUACCAGUGCAUGCUGGAAAAAUUGAAAUGAAAAAGUUGAUCAACGCAAUGAGAGCCUUUACAGGUAACAAGAUUGCUAUCAGUGAUCUCCAAGAUGUUCUGGGAAGCAUGGGCAUUGAGCUCACAGAUAAGAUGCUGUCCGAUCUACAGAAAGCCCUGCCUGUGGACGAUGAUGAAAUGGUAUUUCAGAAUAGAUUGUUGGAUGAAGUGAAGUCUCUCAAAGGAGGGAAAAUUGACGUCAAUAACAUAGACACCAUCCUGGAAAAUAUGGGGAUUAAGCUCACAGAGGCGGAGCUUAAAGACCUAGCAGAAGCCCUGCCAGUCGAUGCUAAUGGGAAGGUUGAACUUACUAAGCUGAUGGAUGAAGUGAAAGCUCUCACAGGAGGAGAGACUGAUAUCAACGAUGUGAAAAAUGUUCUUAAAAAAAUGGGGAUAGAACUCACAGAAAAAGAAAUGUUGAAGCUGCUAAAAAAUCUACCAGUCAAUGAAGAUGGGAAGAUCUAUCACAACAGGUUGAUGGACAGUCUGAAGUCUCUUUCAGGAGGGACUAUUAGUGCCAGUAAACUGGAUUCUCUUCUGGGGAGCAUGGGCAUGAAACUCAAUGAAAAGGAAUUUGAAAACCUGACUCAGAAACUGCAGCGAGAUGUUAAUGGGAAUGUCAGUCUUAAAAAGGUGAUGGAUGAAUUAAAAAAUCUUUCUGGCAACAAGCUUGCUGUAAGUGGUCUUCAGAGUUAUCUCAGAAGCCUGGGAGUCGAGCUGACAGAUUCAGAGUGCUCGAAGCUCAAGGACACUUUGCCUACUGAUGCUGCUGGAAAGUUAUAUGAGAAUAGGGUGCUGGAUGCUGUACAGUCUCUUAAAGGAGGGAUGGUUAAUCUCAGUGACCUGAACAAAGCUCUUGGGAACAUGGGAAUUGAACUCACAGAGAAAGAACGUAAACAUCUAAAUGAUGACCUUCUAGCCAAAGCUGAGGGGAAGAUUGGUCUCAAUAAGCUUCUAGAUGAAGUAAAAGCCAUUAGAGGAGAGCCUAUUGCCAUGGCUGAUUUAGAAGAUGUUCUAGGCAACAUGGGGGUAGAACUUACAAAUAAGGAAUUCAGGAAGCUGGUAGAAAAGUUGCAAGCUGAUGCUGGUGGAAAAACCUAUCAGAAGAGGUUGCUGGAGGGUUUAAAGACGUUUACAGAGGGGAGAAUCAAGGCUGGAAAAGUGGACACGUUUCUGAAGAACAUGGGGGUGGACAUCUCAGAAAAAGAACUUAAAGAUCUAACACAAAGCCUGCCCGUGAGUGCUGAUGGGAAAGUUGAUAUAAAAACUAUAAUGAAGGAGGCAAAGACUUUCACAGGUGAAAAGAUGAAUGUCAAUAAUCUGGAAGAUAUGCUAAGAAAAGCGGGGCUUGAGUUUAAUGAUCUGGAGUAUUCAAAGCUAGUGAAAACUCUGCCAGUGGACGAUAAUGGGAUGGUGCAUUGGGCUAGAGUCCUGAAGGGUGUGAAAUCUCUCAAAGGAGGAAAACUUGAUGUCAAAAACCUGUACCCUUUCCUGGAAAACAUGGGUAUCAAACUUCUUAAUAAGGAAGUGGAGCAGCUGAGGGAAAGCCUGCCAGUUGAUGCUAAUGGAAAAGUUGACAUAAAUAAAGUACUGGACGGAGCAAAAACCUUUACAGGAGAAAAAAUUGGUAUUGGCGAUGUAAAAACUGUUCUGGAAAAAAUGGGGCUAGAGUACAAAGAUCAAGAAUUCUCCAAACUGAUGGAAAGUCUGCAAUUUGAUGAUGACGGAAAGAUCUUUCAAAACAGGUUACUGGAGAAAGUAAAGUCCCUGAAAGGUGGGAAGGUUAGCUCCAACAAUCUGAAGACUCUGGUGGAUAGCUUAGGAAUCAAGCUUAAGGACAAUGAAUUUAAGGAUCUGGUACAAAAUCUCCCUACUGGCGCUCUUAGGAAAGUUUCUAUAGACACACUGAUGAAAAAGUUGAACGCUUUUACAGGAGACAAAGUUGAUUCCAGUGACCUGAGAAACAUCUUAAAGAACCUGGGGGUUGAACUCACAGAGAGGGAACAAGAAAGGCUGCUGAAAACACUGCCUGCUGAUGAUUCUGGGAAAGUAUAUUACAACAGGGUGCUAAAAGGCGUGAAAUCCUUCAAUGAGGGAAAGGUUCAGGUAAAUAACCUGGGCGGUUUCCUAAAAAAUCUGGGAAUCAAACUCAAUGAAGAAGAAUUUGCAAAGCUGUCAGAAGACCUCCCAGUGGACGAUGAUGGGAAGGCUGAUCUGAAAAAGGUGACGGAUAGAGUUAGAGCCAUUACAGGAGGAGAAGUGGAUAACAAAAAUGUGAAACCUGUUCUAUCAAAAAUAGGAAUAGAGCUUUCAGACAAAGAAUUCUCAAAAGUGAUGGAAAAACUCCCUUUUGAUGAUGAUAACAAGGUUUUUAAGAACAGAUUACUAGACGUCGUGAAGUCUCUCAAAGGUGGUAAAGUCGAUGUCAACAACCUGAACACAGUUCUGGGCAACAUGGGAAUCAAACUUUCAAAUAUGGAGCUUAGAGAUCUGAGUCAAAGCAUACACGUUGGUGUUGAUGAGAAAAUUCCUCUACAGACACUGAUGGAAAAACUGAAAGACUAUGCAGGUGAGAAGAUCUCGCCUCACGAUGUACCAAGUGUCCUGGCAAACCUUGAUGUCGAGCUCACAGACAAGGAACUGGAGGACCUGAUGAAACCGUUGCCCCUCGAUGACACUGGGAAGUUAAGUACUAACAGGCUGCUGAAGGGUGUGAAGGAUCUCAAAGUGGGGAAGAUCAAAAAGGAUAAUCUCCAUAGUUCUUUGGAAAAUAUGGGGAUCAAACUCUCAAUGGAGGAAUUUGCUGAAGUGACAGAAAACCUAGACACUGAUGCAAAGGGGAAUGCUGAUCUGCCGAAAGUGAUGGAAAGAGUGAAAGCUGUCACAGAGAAUGUCAACAUAAAAAAUCUGGAAAAUGCUCUAGGCAACAUGGGAAUCAAGCUGUCCAGCAAAGAACUUGAAGAUCUGACCAAAAACCUGCCCGUCAGUGCUGAUAAGAAAGUGCCUCUGAAAAUUUUGAAAGAUGAAGCAAAAGCUUUUACUGGUGAAAAAGUUGACUCUCGUAACCUCCAAAAUGUACUAAAAAAUGUGGGGAUUGAGCUUUCUGACAAGGAAUUAAAUCAAGUCCUGAAAACAUUGCCCACUGAUGAUCAUGGAAAGGUGUUUCAAAACAGAUUGAUGAAAGAAGUGAAGAGUCAUAAACGAGGGCAGGUUGACAUCAAUAAUCUGGAUGCUGCUUUAGACGCCCUGAACAUCAAGCUCACAGAAAAGGAACUUGAGCAGACAAAGGCUGGUCUGAGUGGUGGGCAUAAGAAAAUUGACCUGGGGAAACUGAUGGAUAAAGUACAGUGUAUUACAGGAAAGGAAGUUGAUGUCCAUGAUGCGGCGAAAGUUCUUCAAGACAUGGGAAUAGAACUGACAGACUCACAGCUAUCCAAAAUAGUGAACAACGUACCAGUUGAUGAUGGAAAAGUCUAUCUGAGACGGUUGCUGGACGGUAUGCAGUUCUUUAAAGGACCGAAGGUUGAUGCCAGUAGAGUGGACACGGUUUUGGGAAAUAUGGGAAUGAAUCUCAAUCAAAGGGAGCUUCAAGAUCUAAUAAAAAACCUGGAAGUUGAUGAAAACAAUAAAGUUGACGUGAAAAGGGUAAUAAGUGAAGCAAAAUCUUUCACAGGAGAGAAAGUUGAUACAAAUAGACUUCCAAAUGUUUUGGACACGUUUGGUAUUUCACUCCGGCCUUAUGAAAGCUCAAAGUUGCUGGAUAUGUUGCCAGUUAAUGAUGAUGGAAGAGUUUUUCAGAAAAAGUUGGUAAAGGCCGUGAAGUCUCUUGAUGAAGGCAGUGUUGAUAUCGAUAGCCUGGAUACGUUUUUAGAAAACAUGGGGAUCGAGAUGACAGAGAAAGAAUUCAUGGAUCUAACAACAAGGCUGCCAGAAACCUCUGAAGGGAAAGUGAAACUAAAUAAUUUAAUGAAAGAAGUGUAUGCUAUUUUAGGAGAGCCAAUAGAUGUUUAUGACCUAGAAGAUACGCUGGGAGACAUGAAAGUGGAGCUUACAGACAGAGAUUAUAUGACUCUGAUGAGAAGUCUUCCACGUGAUGCUUCAGGAAAGGUGUUUAAGAAAAGGAUAUUGGAUGGUAUAAAGACUCUUAAAAGGGGAAAAGUUGAUGUGAACAACCUGAGCCCAUUUCUGGAGACCAUGGGGCUUGAUCUCUCGCAGAAGGAAUUUGAAGACUUUGUAGAAAACCUCCCAGUUGAUGAGAAUGGAAAAGUUGAUAUGAAAAACAUUGUGGCAAAAUCAAAAGAUUUCGAGGGAGAAAAGAUUGGUGUCGGUGGCCUGAAAAACACUGUUGGAGAAAUAGGAGUUGACCUCAGUGACAGAGAAUAUGUUAACCUGCUGGAAACAUUGCCAUUUGACGAAAAUAACAAAGUUUUUCUAAAUAGACUCCUGUCGAGUCUGAGGGCUUUCAAAGGUGGAAGGGUUGAUCCUAAUAAUGUGAAGACACUCCUCCAGAACUUAGGGCUCAAACUCAAAAACAAGGAAUUGAGAAGUGUGGUACGGAAGCAGGCUGCUGCUGAUGCUAAUCGAAGUAUCCCUCUGAAAAAAAUAUUAGCGGAUGUGAACUCGGUUGUAGGAGAAAAAGUUAGUGCUAAAGAUGUGAAAAGUUUUUUAGAAGCUGCUGGAAUAACAUUAACACCUAAAGAAUACUUAGAACUGAUGAGAAAUCUACCGACUGACGAUAAUGGAAAUAUAUAUGAAAACAGAUUGAUAGACUGUCUGAAAUCAUUCGAAGGUGGGACAGUUGAUGUCAAUAACUUAGAAAAUGCCUUGGAAAACUUGAAAAUCAAGCUCUCAGAUGAAAAACUAAAAGAUCUGUCAGAAAACCUUCCAUUUGAUGCCUCUGGGAAGAUUGAUCUGCAGAGACUAAUGAAAGAAGUACGAAAAUUCACAGGAGGAAAAAUUGAUGCCAAACUCGCACAAAGAGUGCUGGGGAACAUGGGCAUAGAGUUCACGAACAGGGAAGUCAAUGAGCUAAUGAAAAGGCUGCCUGUCGCUGAUGAUGGGAAGAUACUUAAAAACAUAUUUCUUGAUCAUGUAAAGUGGUUUCCUGGGGGCAAGUGUCAUGCCUCCAAAAUGGAUGCCAUCCUAGAAGACAUGGGCUAUGAGCUGGAGGAUGAGGAAAUUGAAGACCUGCAGAGCCAUCUGCCCAUUGAAGAUGGAAAGGUUAAACUGAGUAAGAUGAUGGAAAAUGUAGAGUCAUUCACAGGCUAUGAGUCAGAGCUUCUGGAAGGUGGAGACACCACGACGGGAGAAGAAUUGGAAGGCAUUUCCCCCAGAACCACCCUCACUAACACCACCCUCACCAUCACCCUCACCCUCACCAUCACCAUCACCAGCACCCUCACCAUCACCCUCACCAUCAUUAUCACCAUCACCAUCACUACCUUCACCUCCACCCUCACCUCACCACCCUCCCCAUCGUCGUUGAGUUUUGAUCAUUUUGAAGAGAUAUAG